AUGUCUACGGACCACGACGCGAUAGCUAGUUUAUGUGCACUUCGUUUUUUUGGAACAAAUAGUCAGGUUCCCACUUUUAACGUGAUGGAUAACUUUUAUGCACAACUUACUCCUAUGAAAUUUCCUUCUGCCAAAGAAGCUGCUUCAUUUUGUAGGCAGUUGGCACGAGAGUAUGGCUUUACAGUAAAGCAAGAAACUAGCUCCAAUAAGAAUGUAUAUGUGUAUUGUUCUCGAGAAGGUAUUUCUGAAAGUGUGAAAAUUGGUAGAGAGACAAAAAGAAAACGGGCAUCCCUUCGUUGUGACUGUAAAUGGAGAGUGGUCUUAUUUAGAAAUGAACAAGGUAAUCAUUGGGAAUUUCGAAAGUCGGUAAACCCACAGCAUUCGGAACAUAAUCACGACCUGAUUCCUCCAGAACAUAUUCCUGAGCCAUGGCCUCCAAAUGUUCUGCAACGAAUUGCUGAUCUUGCAAAUUCUGGAUUAUCAACUGGUGAUAUAAGAAAUACAAUGCAAAUGGAAUUUCCGAAUUUGUUAUGGGAUGAGAGGAGGAAAAAAUUGAAAAUAAGAGACACUGAACAACGCGUUAUUGAUACAAUAGUUCUGGCGGCCCGUAUUGCCUCUUUAGCUUGUUCCAAUAAAGAAUAUACUGAUAAAGUUCAUAAUGUUCUUCAUAAGACAUUUGAAGAUAUCUGCAGAUGUGCUAAAAUUGAUCCUUCAUCUAUCUUUAACGAUAAUUUAUCAACGUAUGGUGAUAUGACUGUAAUAACGCCAUCUACGUCAUCAAGUGCAGAUAUCAUAUGUACUUACCCCGCAGGCAUAAUAACCGUUAAAAAUAUUCCUGGGCAAAAAGGAAGACCUUCAAAAAAGAAUUUACACCAAUUACAAUCUAACCAACUGAUUCCACCACAAUCUCAAUGUCAACUCGAUCAAAUAAAUACUAUAACACCUCAAAAUAUUUUGACUCCACCAAAUGAACAUUCUCCACAAUUAACACAACAACAAAUUGAUUUGGCUUUACAUUCACAAAAUGAGUCAUUGUCUCAAUCACAUAAUCAAAAUGCUCCGUUAUCAUCUCAAUUGCAACAACAUAGUGGUUUACAACAACUUCAAAAUGAUUUGGCCUUUCCUCGAUUACAAAAUACUAAAGAUUUAAUACUAUCGCAAUUAAAUGCUCAAAAUGUAUUAAUCUCUCCACAUAUACAAAAUUCUUCACCGUUAACACCUCAAACUCAAUCGAGAAUUCAAAUUCUUUCACAAUCGUAUUUUCAUUCUCAACAUCAAGAAGCCGAUAUAUCAAAUGGUUCACCACAACAAUUGCAUUUACAAUCACAGCAGAGCUAUUCAAAUCAACAAGUUCCACAGGUGGACCAAUCGCAAACUUUAUCUUAUACACAACAACUUCAACAGCCUAUUCCUCAAAUGCAAUUACCACAAUCAUUACGUAUGCAAUCAAAGAUGUCUACUACUACUUUUCAAUUUAUGAAUGAGGAUAUAACACAUCAAAAGCAAAUAUUGUCGCCUCAAAAAAAUACAGCUGAGAUUGAUAAUACACCAAGAAUUGAGAAUACAAACACUUAUGAUAAUGUAACUG